UUAAUGCAAAACACCAGCAUCCAGGGCCUGUUCUAUUCUAACAUGAGACUUUGGGAGGACAAGACUAGGUGAAAUUGGGCGUGUCUUCAGUGGGAGUGUCUAAAAGUCUCUCGCGCGGGUCGCGGCGCCACUCGGAGCUCCUCAACAUGGACCUGAGCUUCAUAGGCGGCUGCUUGCCGCUCUUCGUUCUGGCCAUAGUCUUCGACCUGGUGGGCUUCAUCGUUCUCUUAGUGGGGAUCUUCGCGAAUCUGCAGGUGGACGGCAGGUUUUACGGCGACUUUCUGAUCCACACCGGCGCUAUCAUCGUCUUCUGCAGCCUGGCCUGGUGGCUGAUGUGGUACGUGGGCAACAUUAAGGUGGCCAAGGAGGGCGUGAGGAGAGGCAGAGCGAGUACCGCUCACAGCUUUAAACAGCUGGCCAGAAAGUUGACCGAGAGGAUUUCCAAAAGCCAGAGGAAAGACGAGGAGCAGAGUGUGAUGAAAACGAUUGGGGAAAGAGGAGGAGGAGGAGGAGGAGGAGAGGGUGAUGUCGGACAGAAAGCUGCCUCACUGCACCACGCAGGCUCGAAGGUAACGUGGGGCAAAUCUACCUGUUACCACAACCAAGGCUACGAGGAGGACAAGGACGAGAAAAACUCUGUGGAAGAGAAAAAGUCUGAUCUACAGACGGCUAACAUGGAGAACCUGCUGUGAGAGUGGGUUACGUGUUUAUGGAAGAGUCUCUCAGCGGAUGCAUCUCUGGACUGAUGAGAUUUUAUGCCGAGAUUUACAAUGUUUGUAUAAAAUGGUGCAAUUCCAUUCAUUUUAUUUGAAUUUGUUUCAUUUCAGUCUCUGUAAAAAGUGCAAUAUACAGUGUGGCUAGAGGAAGCUUCAUAAGAUGGAAAAGCAUCCAUUUUUCUGAACUGUAUAUUUAUUUUAGUGGGAGCAUUAAGUCCCUAAAUUUUCAUGUUUAGUUUGUAAGACUGACACUACUUUGUUUGAACUUUCAAAGAAUGGUUCAGUGAUCAGUGGUUUUCAACGUACCCCAGAUGUAGUCGAUCAGUCAAGACAUGUUGGGGUCCAGAUUUUGCUUCUUUAGUUUAGCACUUGAGCUAUGAGGCUACCCUUGCUAACAAACAGUAGAAGUCAAUAGUCACCCAAACCUUUUGAGAUAAUCUUUUGAGUUGAGAGAAGUUUCGGAGAUGUAUUUACAAGAAAGAUUUGGGAUCUAGUGUUUGUUAGCAAUGUUAGCCUCUUAGCUCCAGUGCUAAACUAAUAAAGCAAAAAUUGGACACCAAACAUGUCUUGGCUAGUCAGCUACAUCUGGGAUACGUGGUAGAUUGUGUAAAUUAGAUUACUUUAACCACAACCUCAACCUAAAACCUAAACCCAACACUAGCAUUCACUCUAAACUUCAUCACAAAACCCAACCCUAACCUUGUUGAUAAUAGUAGUUACACCAGCAAGUUUGUUAACAGUUUGCACAUUCAAGUAGCUACAAGGAACCACCAAAAUAAGCAUAUGAGAAUUUGUAACCUAAUUAUUUGUUUGUUUGUUUGU